GACCUUGCAUUUUGUUAAUCGAAGCUUUCAUCGCCGCAACAUCUGGCAACGCCUUCCUUCUCUUCCUCUUGCUUCUGCGCGAAGAAUUUUCUUUGAAUUGUUUUCGUGUUAAAUUGUUUGUUUAAAAUGAAUCUGGAGGACAUUUCGAUGAUAAUGAAACUGUUUGAUAGCAACAUGCACAAGCUUCAGGGGAAUCUACGCUCCUAUCAAACCGAAGUGCAUCAAAUUCACACGGAGCUCACAGAAAAAUUGUCGCAUGCAGAUCCGGUGGACAGGAGUCUCAUUCCGCUGCACGAUCACUUGGUGGCCAGUCUGAGCGAAGUGAAUGCACACGUAAUGAAGCUGAAUCUGCAACUACACAUCAACCGCCAGUCUGCCAGAUUGGGGGACCAUGAAUAUUUCGAGAAAUCCAUCGACAAUCCAGAUUCGAAGAUUCGCUCAGGUUUACAAGCGGAUUGUCAGUCCUCGAAGCCGGCCUUCGUGGAAUGUCUGCCCUCCUCCGCAUCGGAGGAGGUUCCCGUCGUGACUGUGCAGGAAGCCUCUUCGACAACCCAGCUCGACGCGAUUACAGUGGUCAAUGAAAACCUCUCAAAACAGUGUAAGGCUGCUACUCUGCAGCCUUUGGAAAGUUCCAAGAACAUGGAACUACAAGUAGAGGAGACUAUGCCUUUCCACAAACAGCUUGAUGAGGGUCGUGGUGGUUCCCAGUCUAUUGAAUGUGAUCUCCUCCAACUACAAAAAGAAGAGAUCCCAGUGGGCUCGAAGAUUGUCGUGGAAACUUUAAAGACUAACAAUACAGUGCGUCCCGAAGCUUCCGCUUCAGAAACUUUUGACAAUCAGUCCCUUCUGGCUGCGAAACAAAGAACUCAAGCGAUUGGAACUGGUAUCUGCAACAAGGCCUCCAAGAACACCACUAACAGCAAUCCUCCUGAGGUCCCUGCUGCAGCCAUCGAAAAAGUUCACGAGCAGCUCCCAAAAACUCAGAAAAACCUAUUCCUAUUGCCUCCCAAAGGCGGCACUGAGACGACCAGUCGUGGUAUCUACAAUCAAAUCUUGAAGAACACGGCUGCCUUUCCAGAGAAUACUGUAGUUAAUGCCGUUUUAGUGCACGUGGACGAAACGGAUAAUUGCGUCUAUGUGGCUAAAUGGGAUCCCACUUGUGAAAUGAUUAAGAAGCUGCUCCAGCGACAACGGCCAUUGAAGGCGUUGGACCAGCUGCCCGACUACGGAGACAUUUUUGCUGUUUACGACAGUACCGACAACAUCAUUUUACGGAUCACCAUCAACUCGAGUAAUGCGGGCGGAGGAUAUGAUGCGUACCUUAUCGACUUUGGCAAUCACAUUCACCUUGUCGGCAACGAAACAAUAUAUAAACUGCCGAACGACAUCAAACAGUGGCCGGCACUGGCCAUUAGAUGCGAUUUAAUCAACUGUGAUAUCGACAAUAUGCAUCGCUUCGUUAACACGUUUAUUAAGAUUCGAGUGCACGAAAACAAUGAUAAUACACUAGUGGCCGAAAUGGUCGUGGAUAGGUUAUGCAGACCUACAAAAACAACCGCCACUAAAUAUCGCGCUGGAAUAACCGAGGAAGACAUAGCCAUGCUGAAUGAAAUCGAUGAGAGCACCAGUGAUCCUCUGAAGGCAGUUCUUGGAUUUCGUCCCAAGGACGAGCAACGCAUUUGCCGGCACUACGAUCCCAAGCUGAAUGGCUGCUUUAAGGGUAACAAUUGUCGUUUGGCUCAUGAGCCCUUUGCUCCAAAUGGCGCCACCAAGGAUGUGGAACUAGCUAGAGCUCUUCCGGAGACAAUCUUUGAUACACCAGUGCCUGUUGAAAUCGGCAGCACUGUCAGAAUCCAGAUCACCUUCAUUAAUGGACCCACCGAGGUUUAUGGCCAGUUUUUUGACGAAUCUCCGCCGUUGGUGUGGGACAGAAAGGAUGUGCCAGUUAACAAACGGACCUUCAAGUCGAAACCGCGUCUUCUCGACAUUGUACUUGCUCUCUACAGUGAUGGUCGCUACUAUCGCGCCCAAAUAAUCAAUGAAUUUCCCAAUGAGUACAUGAUCUUCUAUGUGGAUUACGGCAACACGGAGUUCCUGCCCCUGAUCUGCUUGGCUCCAUGUGAAAACGUGGACAGCUUGAAGCCCCACCGCAGCGUUAGUUUUCACAUUGAGGGAAUUGUAAGGUCAAAAUAUCUGACACACCAAACGACAAUGGAUUCCAUUGAGUAUCUCAAGUUAAAGCUGCUAAACGUGGUGUUGAAUGUACACCUGGUACAGCGCCUGCCGGAUGGCUUCCUAAUUCGCUUCCUGGACAAUUGGAAAGAUAUACCUAAAGAGCUAGUGCGACGCAACUACGCCCAGGCUAGCAAAUAAGUCGUGCCGAUAAUGUUAAUAAAAUGUAAUACAAUUUUGAAUUAUCGCUACUUCGGAGCGAUCCCAAUAAACUGACUAUGUUCCAACAUGUUAUCCAGA